AGAAAAUAAAAUCAAAUUACCUAAUUAAAAAUAUAUAAAAAAAUUAAUAAAAUAGUAUAUAAAAUAUUUUUUAAUAUAAUUUAUUAUUUAAAAUAAUUUAUAUUAUAUAAAAUAAUUUUAUUCUUUCCACACAGGUAAAAUCAAGAAAAAAUCAUGGUGCGAACAUAUCAAAGGAAAUAUACCAACUCACAUUGCGGUAAAACACAUCCACCAUAUCUAAGUUAUUCUAAAGAAAGUCUAGAAAACGCAUUAAAAGCCGUUCAAAAUGGUUUAAUGAAAUUAAAAGAGGCUUCCAAAAAUUACAAUAUUCCAAUGAGCACUUUGAGUAGGAAAUCUAGAAACAAAAAUUGCACGCAAGAAAAAGCGAGGCACCCAACUCUAUUUUCAAUAGAGGAAGAGAAGACUUUUGUAGAAUAUAUACAAUUACUGAGCCAUUGGGGAUUUCCUUUGGAUACAACUGACUUACGAGUUUUUGCACAAAAAUACUUAAAUAAAAUUGGAAAAACUGAAUAUAGUCUCCAAGAUAACAUGCCUGGUGUAGACUGGGCGCGUAAUUUUCUAAACAGACAUAAAAGUGAGAUUUCUAAUCGGGCAGCUUCAAACAUAUCUAGCGACCGCGCUCAAACGACACCACAGAUGAUAGAUGAUUUUUUUGAAAAUUAUGAGAAAUCUAUCGAAGGAAUAACCCCUGAUUGUAUCAUCAACUAUGAUGAAACAAACCUUACUGAUGAUCCAGGUACCAAAAAGUACAUUUUUAAAAGAGGAUGUAAAUAUCCCGAAAGAGUCAUUAAUAAUUCCAAAGCAUCAAUUUCUUUGAUGUUUGCUGGUACCGCAGAUGGGCAAUCCUUGCCGAUAUAUGUAGUAUAUAAAGCGGAUCAUCUGUGGGACCAAUGGCUGGAGGGAGGACCUGAAGGAACCAGGUACAACAGGUCAAAAAGUGGUUGGUUUGAUUCAGUUUGUUUUGAAGACUGGUUCAAUACAAUUAUAGUUCCGUAUGCAAAAAAGAAAGAAGGACGAAAAGUUUUAGUUGGAGACAACUUGUCAUCUCAUUUCUCAGAAUCAGUGCUAAAGACUUGCAACAAAUUAAAUAUAACGUUUAUUUGCUUACCUCCAAAAACCACACAUCUACUCCAGCCAUUAGAUGUUGCUUUUUACGCUCCUUUAAAAAAGUAUUGGCGUCAGGUAUUAACAACGUGGAAGAAGACAGAAGGAUUGAAACACAAGACUUUAAUUAAAAGUUCAUUUCCAAAAUUAUUAAACAAAUUGAAGAACAAGUUAUCAGAGAAUGGUACGGAAUCUGCGAACCUGAUUGCCGGAUUUAACAAAUGUGGGUUAUACCCAUUAAAUUCCGAGCGACCCAAGUCGCGAUUACCACACAGAGAGAUUGUAUCGGAAGAACAAAUAGAAAACACAACAUCUUCGGUUGUAAUAGAUAUUUUGCAAGAUAUGAGAAGUCCCACAAGUACGGCCGGACCACCAAAACGAAAAAAGAGAUGCAACGUUCCACCCGGAAAGAGUAUUAUGGCAGAUGACUUAGUACGCAAGGGCGAAGUACGGAAGGGUAAGGGUAAAAAAAGUAAACCAAAAAUAGAAAGCAAAGAACAAGCAUCUCAAGAAUAUUUAUCUAUUGAAGGCAAGAGCAAUGGAAAGAAAAAUAAACUUAAAAAACAGAAACAAAAAUUGAAGAUAAAAGAUUUUGAAAAUUUAGACUUAGAUCCAGUAAGCAUUAAACUAUUGAUAGCCAGUGUUAAAGCCGAAAAAAAUAAAAAUAAUAAAAACAAUAGAACUCCCAAUUCUGAUACUACAAGUGUGUCCGACAACAUGAGUGUUCAUAGUGACUCGGACCUCAUAGAUAUUGAUUACGGUGAAAACGUUUCUGAUGUGGAUAGCAACACUGAAGGCGACGAAUGUAACAAAAACAACAAACAUACUUGCAUUGAGGUACCAACGGCUACAGACAUUCAGAUUCGUGAUUAUGAUGACAAGUCGACUGCUAGAUUAAAUAUAAAUGUAAGUCCUGUUAAACAAAAGACUGAUUGCAACUUAGAGACUAAUAACACUAUGAAAAAAUACACAACUGAUAAGACUGAUCACAAUCCAAGUCAUUUGGCAUCGAUAUGUGACAUUAUAAGUUUACCCGAACCUAUCAAUCCUCAAGGUCAUACUAUAGAUUUGCUGGAACCUGGGAAUGCACAAAUUCAUGAGUUUAUUGGUUCUCACCAUGAAAUUGUAGGUCCUUUGCAAACACAGAAUGAAUCGGGACCGCAUUUAAAUGUGCACUGUAAUGAAAAUGACCAAAAUUAUAAUAAUAUGAGCCGAGAACAUGUAAAAAGCAGACAAAAACAUGAUGAACACGUUACAGAAUCUUUAUAUGCUGUGAACGACCAUGUUUUGGUACGCUACUGUGAUGAUAAAAACAGUAAAUAUUACAUUGGAUUUAUCGAAAAUAUUAAAUUUGAUGGACAGAAAUUUAAUUACACUGUUAAUUUUUACAAAACUAUUAAAAAGCCACAGCUUGCGUUUCGGAUUAGCAAGAAAAUUGAUCGCGAUGAAGUUGAUGACAUAUGGAUUGUGAAAAAAAUUAUUAUGAAUAAUAAUACUAUGAAGAAAAAGGAGUUUCUUCUCGCUGAAGAAAGCGAUAUGGUGUAUUUUUGA